CAGUUCUGUCUCCUUCUCCUUGGUUUCCCUUCCCUCCGCCUGGCCGCCGCCGCCAUGCCGGCCGAGGGGGAGCCGGGCGAGGCGCAGUACCUGCGCCAGGUGCGGCACAUCCUGCAGCACGGCCACAGGAAGGAGGACCGCACCGGCACCGGCACCCUCUCCGUCUUCGGCAUGCAGGCGCGAUACUGCCUCAGAGACCAGUUUCCCCUGCUGACAACAAAGAGAGUUUUCUGGAAAGGAGUGCUGGAGGAGCUGCUCUGGUUCAUCAAGGGUUCUACAAAUGCCAAAGAACUCUCUGCAAAGGGUGUGAAGAUUUGGGAUGCCAAUGGGUCGCGUGAGUUCCUGGAUAAGCAGGGUUUCUGCAACAGAGAAGAGGGUGACUUGGGACCUGUUUAUGGUUUCCAAUGGAGGCACUUUGGGGCAGAAUAUAAAGAUAUGCACACAGAUUACUCCAACCAAGGAGUUGAUCAGUUGCAAAAAGUGAUUGAAACGAUCCGAAAUAAUCCAGAUGACAGAAGAAUCAUUAUGUGUGCUUGGAAUCCAAAAGAUAUUUCCCUGAUGGCUUUGCCUCCUUGCCAUGCUCUUUGUCAGUUUUAUGUUGUAAAUGGUGAAUUGUCCUGCCAACUCUAUCAGAGGUCUGGAGAUAUGGGGCUGGGAGUGCCCUUCAAUAUUGCCAGCUAUUCACUGCUCACAUACAUGAUAGCCCAUGUCACAGGCCUAAAGCCUGGAGAGUUCAUACACACCCUGGGAGACGCUCACAUAUAUCUGAAUCAUGUGGAACCUCUGAAAGUGCAACUUGAGAGGGAGCCAAGACCGUUCCCCAAACUCAGAAUUCUUCGUAAGAUUGAAGACAUCAGUGACUUUAAAGCAGAAGACUUUCAGAUUGAAGAUUAUAAUCCCCAUCCACCUAUCAAAAUGGAGAUGGCUGUUUAAAACAACUUCUAGUAACAUGGAAGCCUAGCUAAGCUAUCUGGCUUUUUCAGUGCUUCAAGUUACACUUUCUUUCAUAGAAAACCUUAACUAAUUUAUAUGGAGAAGAUCCUGUUCUAGAAAGCAACUACUUCAAAAGAAACAAAUUUUGUUAUUGAAAAAGUAGAUACAGAAGGCAGCAAUUCCUUAUUAGUGUCACGCUGUUGUACAGAACUGAUUUCUAGGCAUGGUAAGUGGUGCAGUUUGUUCCAUCCUUCACGAAGCAGGCCAGGCUUUAGCUCCUGUGCAUCAGAAGGUGAGUUAGGAUUCCUUGAUCCUGGCUUGUAGGCAGUGCAUCUACUAUACAGAUGCUAACAUAGUUUUGAGUUGUUAGUGAAACAAUUGUCUGCACUAUUUACCAGUGAACAGUGGCUGCUUCUCUUACCACCCUAGGGAGAUUCAAACCUUUUUUG